AUUUGGGAGUGUAUUUCCGCCGAAAAUACACGCAGCCUCUUCAGCCGUCAUGGUUGCGGCGUCACCAUUCACGGGCUCGCUAAUCUAACAUACCCACCGCCUCUUUCUGUUCUUUAUUUAUUCAUUCAUUCCCCUUCCCAUCUCUCUCUCUCAUUGUCGAAGGGAUCAGCGGCUGAUUCGAAAAAUGUCCACACAUCCCGCAGCACAGGAACCCAACGUACCCCUUCUGCAAUCCAAGUCUCUAAUUCAGGAAGAAGAUGACGCACCCCUUUCAACCAGGAUUCGGGUCGAGUCUAGAAAGCUCUGGCACAUCGUCGGUCCGGCAGUCUUCAGCCGUGUCGCCUCCUACUCCAUGCUGGUCAUAACCCAAGCCUUCGCUGGCCAUUUGGGCGACCUCGAACUCGCUGCAAUGUCCAUCGCUAAUAAUGUCAUCGUCGGCUUUGAUUUUGGUCUCUUGUUGGGGAUGGCUAGCGCUUUAGAGACGCUGUGUGGGCAAGCUUAUGGGGCGAAGAAAUUCCACAUGUUGGGGAUUUACAUGCAGCGGUCGUGGAUAGUUCUGUUCAUUUGUUGUAUUUUCCUUUUGCCGAUUUAUCUAUUCGCAACCCCUGCGUUGAAGCUUCUGGGUCAGCCGGCGGAUUUGGCAGAGCUAGCAGGGAAAGUGGCGGUGCUGUUGGUGCCUUUGCACUUCAGCUUUGCGUUUCAGUUUCCAUUACAGAGGUUCUUGCAGAGCCAGCUGAAGACGGCAGUGAUUGCUUAUGUUUCGUUGGUGGCGCUGUUGGUGCACAUUUUGGUGAGCUGGUGGUUUGUUUCUGGGCUUAAGCUUGGGCUAUUUGGAACCGCCAUUACCAUCAACAUUUCGUGGUGGGUUUUGGUGUUUGGGCUUCUGAUUUACACCGUCUCCGGCGGCUGUCCUCACACCUGGACUGGCUUCUCCAUUGAAACUUUCUCUGGGCUUUGGGAUUUCGUCAAGUUGUCUGCUGCAUCUGGCCUCAUGCUCUGUUUGGAGAAUUGGUACUACAGAAUACUGAUAGUGAUGACUGGGAAUCUGGAUAAUGCUAAAAUUGCGGUGGAUGCCCUUUCUGUGUGCAUGACAAUCAACGGCUGGGAAAUGAUGAUCCCCUUGGCCUUUUUUGCCGGUUCCGGAGUGAGAGUAGCAAAUGAGCUGGGUGCUGGAAAUGGGAAAGGAGCGAAAUUUGCAACGAAGGUGGCGGUGGGGACGUCGGUGGUAAUUGGGGUGUUUUUCUGGAUAAUCAUAAUGACAUUCGACACUCAAAUCUCGUUGAUAUUCAGUUCUAGUGAAGUAGUGCUGAAGGAAGUGAAGAAACUGUCAAUCCUGUUGGCCUUCACCAUCUUACUCAACAGCGUUCAGCCUGUUCUUUCCGGCGUGGCAGUUGGGUCCGGGUGGCAAUCAUAUGUUGCGUAUGUGAAUUUAGGCUGCUAUUACUUAAUUGGACUGCCUCUGGGGCUGUUGAUGGGUUGGGGCUUCAAACAAGGAGUCAUGGGGAUUUGGGGAGGAAUGAUAUUCGGUGGAACUGCGAUCCAAACGAUGAUAUUGUGCAUUAUAACCAUUCGAUGUGAUUGGGAUAAAGAGGCAGAGAAAGCAAGGUUGCAGAUUAGGGAGUGGGGAGAAGACACUGGAGAUCAGCACUGACUUAUAUUGUAUUUUGUCUCUAAAUCCUCCUUUUGUUUUUCUCAAAUGGAAAUCAUCAUCUUAUUAUGUAAUCUGAUGAACAAUUGUCCAAUAACCAAAUGUCAUCUUAUUUCUCAAAAUGUUUCCUCUUUUCCAUCAAA